CGCGCGCGCCGCCUCUCGCGCCGGCAGUGAGCGCCUGCUUCGACGCGCGAGUACGUCGAUCGACUCCCGCCCACCCUACGCCAUCGCCGCGGUGACCAAUUCUUCAUUGUUAAAAUAGUAACGUGGUAGAGCCAGCAGCAUGGUGGCGGGUGACGUGACGAGGCGCGCGUCGCUCACGGCGCCGUCUAUGCAUCGUCGGCCCUCGGUGCGCCGCGGCUCGAUCGUCAAAGGCUCUCAGUCUCAAUCCCAGGAGGUGCCGUGGGACAUAAUCGACCGGUGCGCGCUGCCGGUCGUGCUGUGCCACGCGUUAGCCGUCGUGCUCUCGACCUUGCUCAAUGCUCUUCAUCUGAGCAGCAUCUCCGUGUUCACAUUAUUCCUCUGGUUCGCCAUCUCCGUCACCGGCUCACUCUGGUUCUACCAUAACCUACAGGUGACAGCAGCCGGUAAAGCGGUGUUGGUGACAGGCUGCGACAAUGUCCUUGGCAACGCCGUGGCGAGAAGACUGGAUGACCUGGGCUACCACGUGUUCGCCGGCUUCCAGACCAAGGCUGGGAACAUCGACGCGGACAUGCUGAAGGAAGACUGCUCCGGGCGGCUGCAUACUCUGCAGUUGGACAUCACUUCUGAGACGCAGAUCCUCUCCGCGUCGCUGUACAUCGUGGACCACCUACCAGAGGGCGCGCAAGGGCUGUGGGCGAUCGUGAACUGCGAGUCGUGGUGCGCGCUUGGCGAGCUCGAGUGGGUGCCGUUCUCGGUCAUUCGGCGCGCGAUGGAGGUGAAUCUGUUAGGUCCGUCCCGGCUGGUGCAGGUGAUGAUGCCGCUGGUGCGGCGCGCGCGCGGGCGCGUGGUGCUGGCGUCGUCGAUCCUGACGCACGUGGCGGCGCCGGUGCGCGGCGUGCACGCCGCCUCGCUCGCCGCGCUCGACGCGCUGGCCGCCUGCCUCCGCCGUGAACUCAAGCCGCGUGGAGUGGACGUGGUGAUUGUGGCCGCCGGGGAAUAUACGACGGGCAGCGCCUGGCUGUCAGAGGAGAAACUGCUGGAGCAAGCCCGGGAUAUGUGGAAGCGGCUCAGCGACGAGCAGAAAGGUGCCUACGGCGAGGACUAUUUCGAGACCGCGCUCCGCAGCCUGGAGAAAUACACCAAGAGCGCUGAUGCUGACUUGACGGCGGUGACCCGCGCCCUGAGCGACGGCGUGACGCGCACCUUCCCGCUGGCCCGCUACACCCCCGUGUCUCCGCGCGAAAAGCUCAAGUCACUCCUGGCCGAGCACCUCCCGCGCUCCCUGUACGAAGGGCUCUACACCGACUAAGCUAGGACAGUUGCUUUCGAGCUGCUUCGCAUUUCUCAUUGCGGUAUUUUUCUUACCAUCCUAUUAAAUAUUCAUUACCUGCAUCUGAAUACAAG